AUGUGCAUCGAUUCGCCCUCUACCUCUCACCAAACCGUCGCUUUCAUCCUCAUCAACGUUCCCCUCGUGCUGCCGGUGUGCGUCUACAUCCUCUGGCUGGGAGCGCAGCGGUGCAGAUCCCAAAUCAGCCACUCCGACUUCCUCACCUACAACAUGGUGGUCAUCCAACUUGUUUGCAUCUCAGGAGGCAUCAGUCCUGACAUGUCCUACAACUCAACGAAAGCGGUCUCCAUCACGGGGCACCUGAUCCGAUGCUUCAAACUCUCCUCCACCACCAACCACCUCAUCGCCUACGUCGUGGUCUGCGCCCCCUUCGUCAUCCCUCUCUGCUACAUCUUCUAUUGUGGAGUGCAGCAGCUGAGGAACAGAGCCAAAAUCAGCCACACCGACAUCUUCACCUAUAACUUUGUGACCAUCCAACUCGUUGCUUUUUUCGGCUCUGCUUCCCAAUUAUUCAGUAUGAUCAUGAAAAGAGACGGCGUCAAAGACAGCGUGUCAAAACAAAAGGCUUUUUACACAAUCGCAGUCAUCACCGGAGCGCUGCUGCUGAAGUUUGGAGGAGAAAUGGCCUCUCAAAACCAGAUCGUGCUGCUCCUCAACAGCUCCUGUCUGAACUCUCCUUCUGGCCUCCCCAUCAUGUUCACCUACACUGUGGUUUGGCCGGUUCUAAUUUUCCCUCUUUACAUCCUUGUCCUGCGCACCAGUUUUCAAAGAUGGAGUCCAAGCAGUCGCUCAACUGUGAGCCACACCGACUUCUUCACCUACCACAGUAUUCCCUUUGAGCUUUUCGUCUACAUUGGAGGCGCGGCCUUCUAUCUUAUGGUUCAGACGAAUGUGUUAGAAAAAGAUGCUCUUUGCAUCUUCCAGAACUCCUUGUGUUGGUUUCAGCUCCCGAGCAGCCUUGUGUUACCGCUGCUGUUCCUGUAA